AUGUCGCUCGAUCGGCAGUCGGCCGCGGUGGCCAACUCGGUGCACUCGCCGCGCAAGAAGCUGCGCAUCGGCUUUGUGCACCCGGACCUGGGCAUCGGUGGCGCCGAGAAGCUCGUCGUCGACGCGGCACUAUCGCUGCAGAACCUGGGCCACGAAGUGGUCAUCUUUACCUCGCACCACGACGCACGCCACUGCUUCGAACCCACGCGCGACGGGACGCUCAAGGUGCAGGUGAUGCACACGCACAUUCCGCGCUCCGUGCUCGGCUCGUUCCACCUGCCCUGUGCGAUCCUGCAGCAGCUCAGCCUGGUGUGGCAGCUGAUCCUCGCCGUGAUGCUGUUCAACUAUCCGGGCACACUGCCGCGCUUCAUUGCGACGCGGCUUACCAGCUCCCCACCCAUCCCCGGGUUUGAUCUGUUCUUUUUUGAUCAGCUGCCGGCGGGGAUUCCGUGGCUCAAGAUCCUGCUCGCGACGCGCGUGCUGUACUACUGCCACUUUCCGGACAAGGAGAUUGGCAACUCGAUCGCCAUGCAGAAGGCGCAUGCGCGGGGCGAGUCCGGCCCCUCGAUCCUGCGCAGGCUGUAUAGGCUGCCGUUUGAUCUGUACGAGGAGGGCAUGACGGACUAUGCAGACAAGAUCCUGGUCAACUCCAAGUUCACCUCGGCCCAGUUUACCACGAGUUUCUUUAGGUUGCGACGCCAGCCGCGCGUGUGCUAUCCGGGCGUAGAGGUGGCGCAGUUCGAGCGCGCGCGCGUGGCGGAGGCGGUGGCGAAGCUGCAGCACGAGGCCGAGGCGAUGGGCGAUCCCAUCCGUGCGUCGAUCGCGCGGUUGUGUGCCGACGAAGCGCGCACCACCCUGCUGUCGAUCAACCGGUUCGAGGCCAAGAAGAACGUCGCGCUUGCACUCGAGGCGUUUGCACUUGCGCAGAAGGAGCGUGCUGCCACUGCGGUGGCGGGCGACAAGCCGCUGCGGCUCGUGCUGGUGGGUGGAUACGACAAGCGCGUGGGCGACAAUGUGGCGACUCUCAAGGAGCUCGUUGCGCAGGCGGGCGAGCUAGGUCUUAGCUGUGUGGUGAUGAGCUAUCACCGCCAGACGUUCGAGACGCCCACUACGGCGCCUUCGGCGGACGAGCUGGGUCGAGCGAGCGUGGUGGUGUUGCCUUCGCUGCCGAUGGCGCUGAUCCACACGCUGCUGCUGAACGGUGCGACGCGCAUGCUGCUCUACACGCCCACGGACGAGCAUUUCGGCAUCGUGCCGCUCGAAGCCAUGGCGUGCGGUGUGCCCGUCCUUGCCACCAACACGGGCGGACCGACGGAAACCGUCAUCGACCUGUCGCUCUCAUCCGACAGCGAACCGACUCUCGACACGGGUACGGGGUUGCUGCGGCAUGCAUCUGCGCCCAUCUGGGCUGUCUCGAUCGGUGCACUCCUCCGACUAUCGGAUGAGCAGAGGCAAAAGGUUGCAGAGGCGGCCAAGAGGCGCGUGCGCGAGCAGUUUAGUACGGACGUCAUGUCGCUCGCACUCGAACAGGCGUGCUAUGACGCGUACGAGCUGGGGCGCGUGCGUGGCGACGAAGGUCUGUACCAGUGGGGCUCGAGCGCGGCCGUGUUCAUUGUCAUGUCGACGCUCUUCUGGGCCAACGUCUACUUCAGCCACGACAAGUACGUCGCGCAACAGGCGGCCAAGUUGGCUGAGGAGAAGCAAAAGUGGAUGGCCGAAAUGCGCGCCUCCGCCACGCCAGUGUAA